CUCCCCGGACGGCGUUUCUCCUCCGAGCAGCGCCGGUUUCGGCUUUGGGGGGGGCGGGGGUACAGCCCAUCCAUGACCAUGGGCGACAAGAAGAGCCCGACCAGGCCAAAAAGACAAGCAAAACCUGCUGCAGACGAAGGCUUUUGGGAUUGUAGCGUCUGCACCUUCAGAAACAGCGCCGAAGCCUUUAAAUGCAGCAUCUGCGAUGUGAGGAAAGGCACCUCCACCAGAAAACCUCGGAUCAAUUCUCAGCUGGUGGCACAGCAAGUGGCCCAACAGUAUGCCACUCCACCACCCCCUAAAAAGGAGAAGAAGGAGAAGGUUGAAAAACAAGACAAAGAGAAACCCGAGAAAGAUAAAGAAAUUAGUCCUAGUGUUACCAAGAAAAAUACCAACAAAAAAACAAAACCAAAGUCCGAUAUUCUGAAAGAUCCUCCUAGCGAAGCGAACAGUAUACAGUCUGCAAAUGCUACAACAAAGACCAGUGAAACGAAUCACACCUCAAGGCCCCGGCUGAAAAACGUGGACAGGAGCACCGCACAGCAGUUGGCAGUGACUGUGGGCAACGUCACCGUCAUUAUCACAGACUUUAAGGAAAAGACUCGCUCCUCCUCGACCUCCUCAUCCACAGUGACCUCCAGUGCAGGGUCAGAACAGCAGAACCAGAGCAGCUCGGGGUCGGAGAGCACAGACAAGGGCUCCUCCCGCUCCUCCACGCCAAAGGGCGACAUGUCAGCAGUGAAUGAUGAAUCUUUCUGAAAUUGCACAUGGAGUUGUGAAAACUAUGAAUCAGGGUAUGAAAUUCACAUCCUCCACCUGCCCAUGCCGCUCGCACCCCUGGAGAAUCUUCUGUGGACAUCGACCUCUUAGUGAUGCUGCCAGGAUAAUUUCUGCUUGCCAUGGGCAUCUGGCCCCCAAGGAAUUUCGCACCCUGACGAUUACUCUUGACACUUUUAUGUAUUCCAUUGUUUUAUAUGAUUUUCCUAACAAUCAUUUAUAAUUGGAUGUGCUCCUGAAUCUACUUUUUAUAUAAAAAAAAAAAAAUCUGCUGUGCACAAUUUUCCAUGUACAUUACAA